AUGUACAAGAGUACAAUCUCCCUUGAGUUGGAGCCGCUGAACGAGAACUACACAGUUGAUCCGCCAACUUACGAAGAUCAUACGAUGACACCGGUUACUUCUGCAAGGGAGGCGGAGGUGCUAGUGGAAGAGCACACGGACGGAAAUGGUGAAGGUUUGACAAAAACGAUUUUGGAAAACAUAGAUUCGUUACCGACUGCAAGUUGUGACGGUCUCGAUUUGAAUAUUACAUUCACAGAGACUGUUGGAGUUGUUGGUACUAAGCCGCUGAUCACGGAUGCAAGCUCAAGGGAGUUCAAACAGGGUGAUUUCCUACAUGGAUAUGUCACUAUAAAAAACAACACUGAUGAACCCAUAAGAUUUGAUAUGGUUUACGUGCUUUUCGAAGGAAUGACUGUCAUCAACACCGACAAGUCACCUGAAAAGCACAGGUUUCUCACCAUGGUGGAUCUUUUUGCAUCAUGGAGCUAUGCAAACAUUGACAGGUUGGUUACCGACCAAGGAGAUCCACACGAUUGGUGCCCAGGGGAAAUUGAUCCAUUCGAUGGAACAUCUCUUUCAAUUGAUGCAAGACGGCUAUUCCAACCAGGUGUCACGUACAAGAGAUUCUUCACCUUCAAGAUCCCUCAAAAAUUACUAGAUGAUCACUGUGAAAAGGGCUUACCACAGCAUGCUGAGCUUUGUCCAACACUUGGUAUAAACAGAGAAGAGGUACCGGCUAGUUUGCUACUAAGUUCCUCCAGGUUGAGGGAUCUUUCAAUGAUCAACUCCUAUAUAUCAUACAGUGUCAAUGCCAUUGUCAUAAGUCGGGCAAGUAAUUUUGGUGUUGUCUCCAACAAAGACAGAUACAUUGUUGCCAAAAAAGAGAAAUCUCCAAUCAGAAUGAUCCCAGAUCCAGCCUACUUUGAUUAUGAUGCAAACACCCACUACCAUGCUUUUGUUAGAUCGGUUGAGGAAUUGGUUAAGCCAGAGUUGACGCCAACAAUCAGCUUAGAUACUAUCAAAGUGAAGCAGUUGUAUCAUCUGAGGAACAUGGAAAAGACUGGGCAUUACCAAUGUGUUCAGCCGUUUAAGAAGAAGACGUUGACUGGAUCGUCCAAUGCAGGAGUCAUUUCUAUGUCAUCCAAGAAGACUACAUACUGCAUCAACUACAUUCCUCCGAAUCAUGGUGUUAAGUCUGAGGUAGUUUUGCCGGUUGAGCUUCGCUAUUCGGGAUCCCUGCAGACUCCUGAAAUCAAAAAGGUUGAUGUUGAAGUUGUUGCGUUGACAAUACAAUCAAAGCUGCAUCCGAUUCCAGUUGAGUUCACUAACGAGAUGUUGUUCAAUGACCAAGAAAUCCUUUCCAGGCCCGCAACAAGCAACUUUGAUACAAUAUUGGUCAGCAAGUUCAACAACUAUCUACAAGAAUUGAGCCAAGCGGUAAAGAAUGGCGUCAAAAUUGAGUACCUGAUUUAUCGUGAUGUUAAAACACUAGCUUCACUCAGCACAAAGUAUAUCAACUUGACUGUGAUGGAUCUAGAUUUUGUCCAAGAAGACACCAAAGUGAAGCUUAAUUCUGUACCGUGGAAGCUGGAAGAGGGUGAUCUUGUCAAAAAGUUCUCUAUUGCAAUGGAUCUUAGUAAAUGCAAUUUAAAAGGUGUGAAUAACACCAUUAAAGGGUUGGACAAGAUCACUUUAGUUCCCAGUUUUCAAAGCUGCUACAUUAGCCGGGUGUAUUAUAUGAAGGUGGUGGUGAGAACUAAUGGAGCCACACUUUCAUUGAAUCUCCCGCUUCGUAUAGAGAGGUAG